GAUGCCCCCCUAUUGUGUUUAAUGCUUUAUGAAAGCCACUACAGCCCUCGCCGCAGGCUCAUGGAGCCGCUGGGGAUACGGAUGCUCUACCGCCGCAGUUUCAUCGAGCUACAGGUGGCAGACAUCGAGGAAUCCCCGAGGCUGCUGCGUGCGAAAAGCGCUCCGCUGCCGACCUUUCCAAGAUGGCCUCCUCCAGACAACGAGCUCAGACGCAUCGAUACAGUCACGAGGUUAUCCAGGCUGAUGGCAGAUGCAUUUGACACUGGCCUUUUUUCGGAAGAAGUGCCCGAAGAAAAACACCAACCAGAGGCCGAGGCUGAGUUGCCGUCAGAUGACCGAGAAGCUGGCUGCACAGGUUCUUCGUCGACCUCGGAGAUGCGUUUCGAUUGCCCUGCCGCACAAGCCCGAGCGAGUACAUAUUGGGACAGCCGCUCGUCGCUCCAAGGAAGGCAGCCGCCUGUGCCCCCUCCACCGGAUGGCUUUCCCAGCCGUGGGGCCAUUGGACACCCACUCUUCUGUGCGAAGCCCUGCGUUUUCGUUCGCACUCGGAAUGGUGAAUGUCCAAACGGGAGGUCAUGCAAGUACUGCCAUGCAGAUCACCCUCAGGCUCGUGACCGACAUCGGAGGCGACCUGAGCAGGUCGUUCGAAGGAGCCUGGAUGAGAUGUCCGAUGUCCAGUUGCUGAUUACCUUGCACGUCGCGCUGUCCAGACACCUCAAUUCUGCACCUGUGGGCAGGGAGCCCUUGCGUGAGAUAAUCCGAUGUUGUGAAGACGACAUCGCACGGUUUCAACCACCGGGAGCAUCGACGCCAGUAACCGCUGGGAUGCUCGGCGCUUUCUCGCGCAUGCUUCCAGGAGCCAUGCUAAGCAUGACCGUGGCACGGUUAAGCCCCGUGCCGAAACAGAGCCUGUCGCGGGCGAUCGAACAGUUCUACCGGAGCCUUGAGUUGAACCGGCCAAUAUAA